AUGGAUGCGUACUACUGUCAUAUGCUUAAACUCUGCAAUACUCAAACUAGUCUUAGGAACCCUUACUUGAAUAGAGCAAAUGGUCCACCAUGUUCUUUUAUCCUACAUUGGACAAGUCCAGAUGGUCAAGUGGCGAAACUUAACAUGCAUGCACUGCUAAAAAACAAAAUUAAAGAGAAAGUUAAGAUGGAGAUACAAGCUAGACAGAAAACAUACAUAAAUACCAUGGGUUUUAGCAUGCCUGUUUAUAUGAAGUGUUUUGAAUUCCUGGAUAUUGCAGCAGAAAGAAACAUUACAAUAACUGAAAAUGUUAUUUCAAAUGCUGUAUGGAAAUAUUAUGAUGCUCUGAAGAAAGCGGAGAAUGCAAAGAGGGACAAGAGUGGAAAAAUUCAGAUGCCAAAAAGAUCGUUACUGUCAUAUCUAGACACUCCUGCUUGUAUUGGAUAUUUAAAUUGGGAACUUAUGUGUGAGCCUUAUGUCUUUGGAAAAGCUGUUCUCUUGCAAGUCAAAGGAGUUGUUGAUUCUGUUUGGUUUGUUAUUGUGAACACUGAGAGCAAGACUUCAUUUUUGGACUGCAGUAUUAAGCAUUACACCUCCUGCAUUGUGAUGCAAGAACAAGUAAGAAAUAACUACACAGAAGAAGAAUAUUUGAUGGUGUCUUACUCUGGUUCUGUUUUAGUACUGAACAAGACUGGGGAGAUGGUUGUUACACUAAGUUAUGAUGAUGUAGCUACUGCCGCAAGAGAUGGUAACCCACCAGUUACAAUCUAUCCAAAAUUAUUUGGGGUCAACAAAGAACGAAAUAGUUUUUGGUGUACAGUAAUUGGUCUAGAGGGAGACAUCACAGAUAUUGAAAACAAAAUUUGCUGGACCAUUGGAUCUGUAUAUGAUGAACUCUCUGAUGGCUCGGGUCGUAGUCCCUAUGUAAAACAGUUGACCUAUAUUGGGAAGAGAAUCAAUUCUACAGGCAAACUUUUAAUGGCAAACCUUCAUUAUGGGCUAGCGUUUAUCAAUCCUAACACAUUGGAAUAUGUUCCAGUAACAGUGAAAGAGGGAUGUGGGAAGCAUUUUGAAUUUACCAAGGAUAAUAAUGCUAUGAAAGGGGAUUUUGAAAAUAUUGAGAUCCUAACAGAAAAAGCAUUCAUGGACGAUCAAAGGCCUGUGUAUCGUAUAGUACUUGGUGUACAAAAUAAAGUGUUUAUUCUAGAAAUGACUACUCAACAUGAAGACACAUUUCGCCUAGAGAUGAUAUUUUCUGUGGAUUUGCCAGGUCUACCAAAGGAAGCUUGCUUGGUUGGCAAACAGAUUGGUAUGCUGAUUUCGUUAACCCAGCAUAAUGAUGAUUCAGAUGAGUAUUAUCGGGAGCACGUGUUUUACUUUGAUUUCGACGGCCUCCUUCAUGGUGUGUUGUUGUGCCUGAGUCAUGGUCCAAGGUCAUUCUUUCCUGUAUAUCUCCAUGGUAAUACAGAGAAUGAAGGUGAAGGACAGUCGCAAGCAGGAUGGCAUGUUUAUCUGAGAGAUGGGCGAGAUGGUAUCAUGUGUUUACGUCUGCAUUAAUGUGACAUGUCGGUCAUCAGCAUCUACAAGUUUGGAACAUCUCACCAAUUUUGCCAUAAUUUAUAGCUAUUACGUUUACGUCUGCAUUAAUGUGACAUGUUGGUAAUCAGCAUCUACAAGUUUGGAUCAUCUCACCAAUUUUGCCAUAAUUUAUAGCUAUCAAAUGUUCAUAAAUAAGACCAGCACAUAAGUUUAUUUGUCCCCUACCGGUUUAACUUGAGGGGACUUUAAGUUUAUCCUCCGUCUGUCUGUCAGUUCGUCUGUCCACAAAACUGGAUCCCGCGAUAACUCAGAAAGUUACUGAAAAUAUUUUUAUGAAACUUGAUAUAUGGAUUAAUGGCAGUAUGGAAAUUAUGCAUUUUUUAUGUCUUUUUAUAUGCCCGAAAGAAUUUCGGGCAUAUUAUGUUAUACCCCCUUGCGUCCGUCCGUCCGUACGUUAGCAAUUUGGUUUCCCGAGCAUAACUUAAGUUCCAUUUGGCCCACAGUAUUCAAACUUCAUAGGAUGAUUGUCCAUAUCGGGUAGAAGACCCCUAUUGAUUUUGGGGUCACAAGGUCAAAGGUCAAGGUCACUAUGACCUUAAAACUGAAAACAGUUUCCGGAGCAUAACUUAAGUUCCAUUUGGCCCACCGUGUUCAAACUUCAUAGGAUGAUUGUCCAUAUUGGGUAGAAGACCCCUAUUGAUUUUGGGGUCACAAGGUCAAAGGUCAAGGUCACUAUGACCUUAAAACUGAAAGCAGUUUCCGGAGCAUAACUUAAGUUCCAUUUGGCCCACCGUGUUCAAACUUCAUAGGAUGAUUGUCAAUAUUAGGUAGAAGACCCCUAUUGAUUUUGGGGUCACAAGGUCAAAGGUAAAGGUCACUAUGACCUUAAAACUGAAAACAGUUUCCGGAGCAUAACUUAAGUUCCAUUUGGCCUACAGUGUUCAAACUUCAUAGGAUGAUUGUCCAUAUUGGGUAGAAGACCCCUAUUGAUUUUUGGGUCACAAGGUCAAAGGUCAAGGUCACUAUGACUUUAAAACUGAAAACAGUUUUCGGAGGAUAACUUAAGUUCCAUUUGGCCCACAGUGUUCAAACUUCAUAGGAUGAUUGUCCAUAUUGGGUUGAAGACCCCUAUUGAUUUUGGGGUCACAAGGUCAAAGGUCAAGGUCACUAUUACUUAGAAAUUGAAAACAGUUUCCGGAGCAUAACUUAAGUUCCACAAUAUUCAAACUUCAUAGGAUGAUUGUCCAUAGUAGGUAGAAGACUCCUAUUGAUUUUGGGGUCACAAGGUCAAAGGUCAAGGUCACUAUGACUUUAAAACUGAAAACAGUUGUCGAAACAUGACUUAAGUUUCAUUUGGCCCACUGUGUUUAAACUUCAUAGUAUGAUUGUCCAUAUUGGGUAGAAGACCCCUAUUGAUUUUGGGGUCACAAGGUCAAAGGUAAAGGUCACUAUGACCUUAAAACUGAAAACAGUUUCCGGCGCAUAACUUAAGUUCCAUUUGGCCUACAGUGUUCAAACUUCAUAGGAUGAUUGUCCAUAUUGGGUAGAAGACCCCUAUUGAUUUUUGGGUCACAAGGUCAAAGGUCAAGGUCACUAUGACUUAAAAACUGAAAACAGUUUUCGGAGGAUAACUUAAGUUCCAUUUGGCCCACAGUGUUCAAACUUCAUAGGAUGAUUGUCCAUAUUGGAUUGAAGACCCCUAUUGAUUUUGGGGUCACAAGGUCAAAGGUCAAGGUCACUAUUACUUAGAAAUUGAAAACAGUUUCUUUAGCAUAACUUAAGUUCCACAAUAUUCAAACUUCAUAGGAUGAUUGUCCAUAGUAGGUAGAAGACUCCUAUUGAUUUUGGGGUCACAAGGUCAAAGGUCAAGGUCACUAUGACUUUAAAACUGAAAACAGUUGUCGAAACAUGACUUAAGUUUCAUUUGGCCCACUGUGUUUAAACUUCAUAGUAUGAUUGUCCAUAUUGGGUAGAAGACCCCUAUUGAUUUUGGGGUCACAAGGUCAAAGGUCAAGGUCACUAUUACCUUAGAACUGAAAACAGUUUCCGGGGCAUAACUUAAGUUCCAUUUGGACCACAAUAUUGAAACUUCAAAGGAGGAUUGUUUUGUGAAGGAGGUAAUACUUUAUUUAAUUCCCAUGUCUUACAAAUGCUUCAUCUUUACUAAAAAAAAAAAAUCACUUUCGGG